GCGCAGGGCCGCGACCGAUAGAGGCCUGGGUCCUAGAGCUUGCUGAGGAAUUUUGCAGGCAUCGCCGUUCCUCGCUGGACCCAUCGAGUCUACCGCAGGGCCUGGCUGGGGCCCAAGAUCCAGCCCCGCACCGAAAUGGGAAAGAGGACGGACGCAGCUAGCGUCAGGAAAAAUUGCUGCUUGGGGACCCUGCGUUCACUCAGGCCACCAAGUGCUGUGGUUCCCCCUCAGUCUUUCUCGACCUCUGCCUCUGAGAGGCUGCGGGUCGUCACUCAAGCACUCUGCAGUUAAACCGCAAUCUUUCUGGAUCCCUCGUUUCUUAUCUGUAAAAUGGGGUUAGUUUUCCCUAUCACCGGGUUGUUCGGAGGAUCUAAUGAUGUCAUUUAGGAGAGCGUGGUCUAAAGUGUUCUAUCAAGGUAUGGUGGCAUUGCCGUUAUUAGGCAGUAGGGCAGUACACGCUGGGCUCAGGAGCCAAAUUGCCUGGGUUUGAAUCCUGGCUCUUCUCUCUGCUGGAGCUGGGGUGAGGAGUGGGAAAUGUCAUUAUUUAACCUUUCUGGGCUUAAGCGCAUUUUCAAAUGGGGAUAAAAAUAGUACUUGCCUCAUAGAGCUGUUCUGAUGAAAGAAUUAACAUUAUAGGUAAAGCAUUUGGAACAAUGCCUGAUACAGUAAAUAAACACUCAAAUGACAGCUGUUAUUAUUAAAUACUUGUAACUUAUCUAAUCAUCACAUCCCCCUCCCCAUCCAUCCAUCCUGCUCAGUUUACAGAUUAAUCUUACCCCUUCCUCUAUUCAAAGAUUCUUUAACAGGAUUCUGUUAGGCGUGGAAAUUCACCAAGUCUCCCCCCACCCCAAAGGCAGCCCAUUCUGGCCUCAAAUAGUUCGUAUAGUAAGAAAGUUCUCCACAUUGUGUGUAAGUCUUCCUUUGCGUUACUGCCACUUAGGAUGCUACUGCUACCCUUAGAGCCAUAGAGAACACAUUUACUCCCAUCUUCUGUUCACAGCUUUUUCAGACUAGGAGGCUGUUACCUUGUCUUACUAAAUAAGCACCCCGUGUUCAGUCAGACAUUCAUUAUGUAAUAUAAUUUCCAGCUGUUAUAGUGAUUUCUCUUCUGAAUAUAUUCUUAAAGUGGUAGAGAAGUAUACAACACGUCCCACCUUUAAGGUACUCGAAGUGUUAAGUGUACACCAAAUGACUGCAGAGUAUUCGUAUGAAAGAUUAUUAAGAUCAUGAUAAAAUGUGGUGUAAAGAUGUACAUUCUACUUUAACACAUGUUCUCUUAAUGAUUUCCUGGACUUGAUAUCAUCUGUCACUGUACGAUCACUUCCUUCCUAUGUCACUUCUCACAUACUUGGAAACAUUAAUUAUGUUCUUACAGACCUUUGCAUUGCAGCUGUAAUUAAAGAAUGCUGUCUCGUUACAUUGUCACUGAAGAGCCAAAUCUUAGAUGCAGAAACAGAUGUAUUAUGUGCAGUCCUUUACAGCAAUCACAACAGAAUGGGCCGCCACAAGCCCCAUUUGGCCCUCAAACAGGUUGAACAAUGUUUAAAACGCUUGAAAAACAUGAAUUUGGAAGGUUCAAUUCAAGAUCUCUCUGAGUCAUUUUCUUCUAAUGAAAAUCAGCCUGUAAAUACCAAAGCAUGUGUCAUCCCUAGCCAACCAGUGGUGGAACUGGUGUUGAUGAAGAUUUUGGGAUCCUGCAAGUUGCUACUUCGCUUGUUGGACUGUUGCUGCAAGACAUUUCUCUUGACUGUGAAACAUCUAGGUUUGCAAGAAUUCAUUAUUUUAAACCUUGUGAUGGUUGGGCUGGUGAGCAGGUUAUGGGUUCUCUAUAAAGAUGUUUUAAAAAGGCUGGUUUCUUUAUAUGAGCCAUUGUUUGGAUUACUUCAAGAGGUCUCCAGGAUUCAACCAUUGCCUUACUUCAAAGGUUUUACCUUUCCUUCUGAUAUUGCUGAAUUUUUAGGAGAGCCCUACUUUGAAAUCUUUAAGAAAAAAAUGCCUACAGCUUUUGCAGCUAAAGGAGUAACUAAACUGCUAAAUAAACUAUUUUUAACAAAAGAGCAAUCACAGAGGUCCAGUGAAGAAACAUUACUUAGAAUUUCCAAAAAAGCUAAACAAAUGAAGAUCAAUAUUCAGAAUAAUGUGGAUCUUGGACAGCCAGUAAAGAAUAAGAAAAUCUUAAAAGAAAAGUCAUCAGAAUUUGACGUGAGGGCUUUCUGCAAACAGCUGAAACACAGAGCUAUUCAGGCGAACAGUUUUGAGUUUAAAUGUUCUCAAUCCAAACUAAAGGCAACCAAACGUUCUUCUUGGAAAGCAAUAGAAACUCCCUGUGUAAAAAGUCUUGUGCAAAGAUUCCGAGAAACUGACACUUUCGUACAACUUUCUGAAGAGAUCCAAAUGGCAAUUCUGUGGUGUAGGAGCAAAAAACUCAAGGCUCAGACCACCUUUCUGGGUAAUAAACUUCUUAAAAGCAACCGGCUUAAACAUGUGGAAGCUCAAGGCUAUAGUUUGCCAAAGAAACUAGAGUGCAUAAAAACUUCAAUUUGCAACUGCCUUCUUCAAGGCUCAGGUAGCAAAACUUUGAAGAAUCAUCUGAGACGAAGAUCACAGAAUAAAUUUUCAUUGAAACGAAGGAAACCACAGAGAAAGUUGCAGUCGACUCUUUUAAAGGAAACCCAGCAGCCCCCUCAAGGGACUCAGAGUGCUACCGAUAUCAUUAAAGGGAGACUCUCACACCCUACAGUUUGUACAACUGAUCUCUACCCUAACAAUAAGCAAGUGUUGAGUAGAAGAGUUUCAAGUCCUGUCAUACAAACUAAGGAGAAACAAAUUCAUGAAAAUCUUAUAGAAAGCAAUGAAAAUGAAACUGAUUCUUGGACAACGAUGCAAAUAAAUAAACAUAAUACAUCAGGAAUCACUAAGGAGACAGACGACAUUGAUGAUAUUUUUGCUUUAAUGGGAGUUUAGGUGCUCAUAUGUGAGACUUUUAACUGGUUAACCAACUGCUCCAGUGUUCUGUUUUAAGUAGAACAGCUGAGAUCUGGAAAGAUCUGAAAGUACCAUUUGGACUCAGAGGAGCUGCUUAAGUGCAACAUUGUAGAGCAGUUCAUUUUAGUUCAGUAAACGCUUGUCAUAGCUUUGUGUCAUUUAACUGACAAGUAUUUGACUAACAGUCAAUUUUUGACUUAAUUAGGAUCUGAAUAAUUAGGUUUGCAAAACCUACACUGUG